AUGCAGAAGGGUGUCACCCAGGACUAUAUAUUAACGAAAUAUGAAAAAACUAACGCAAACUUUUGUAAAUAUUACAAAAGUCAAGGAAUUGUUAAGAUCAGCGAGUGGGAUAAAUUCAUGGCUGCUUUCAGAGAAGAUUUACCCACAUCCUUCCGUAUUCAAGGGAGUAGCAAAGAAGCCCAAUCGCUGAUUGAAUUGAUGAGCAAACGUUAUUUUGAGCCAAUGAAAGAAUGGGAAAAUGGUGAAUGUUUUUUGCCGAAAGCGCUUCCGUGGUAUUCAUAUGCAUUCCAGACAUCUGCUUCUCGUGCAACUUUGCGUAGUCAUCCUUUGUUGAAAGGUCUUCAUAAUUUUCUUAUCACCGAAGCUGAACUGGUACUCUUUACUUUUGUACUCUACCCAGAUAUUUUAAACAUGGGUAACAUAAGUCGACAAGAAACGGUUAGUAUGAUUCCUCCGCUUUUGCUUGACAUCAGACCUCAUCAUAAAGUUCUGGAUGUCUGCGCAGCACCUGGUAGUAAAACUAUGCAAAUUGUUGAAAUGAUGCAUAGCAAUGGCAACAUUCCUAAAGGGAUUAUUGUAGCAAAUGACGUGAAUAAUUCGCGCUGUUAUUUACUUGUUCGUCAAGCUUUGAAGCGAAUGCCAACAUCGAAUUGUAUUGUUAUUAAUGAAGAUGCAGCAUUUUUGCCUAAUUUAUCUUUCAACGAAGGCACAAAUGAACUAUUGCUGUUUGACAGAGUACUUUGUGAUGUAAUUUGCAGUGGUGAUGGAACUUUCAGAAAAAGUCCGGAUAUGUGGCACUCUUGGAGCCCUGUACAGGGUUUGGGUUUACACAAAGUUCAAGUUAAUAUUGCUCGACGUGCUGUGCAGCUACUCAGUAUUGGUGGUGCAUCCUUUAAUUCAUUAUUCUGUAUAUUUAAUUUUUUACAACGUUUUGUUUUCCGGAUGUUAGGUCUUAUGGUAUAUUCGACGUGUUCAUUAAAUCCUAUAGAAGACGAAGCAGUCGUCGCAUCUAUAUUACGCUAUGGUGGAGGUGCUUUAGAGCUGGUUGAUGUUUCUGACCAGUUACAGUCGUUGAAGCGCUCACCGGGACUUUCGAAGUGGAAGGUGUUUGAUAAAGAAAUGCGUGAAUAUAAUAAUUUAUUUGACGUAGAAUCUGAUCAGAAACGGUAUUUUACUUCCUCUAUGUUCCCCCCUAGUAACGAAGAAGUUGAAAAUUUUCAUUUGGAACAUUGUUUUCGAAUAUUACCUCAUUUGCAAAAUACAGGGGGAUUUUUCGUUGCAGUGAUCAAAAAAACAAAGCCUCUAAGCCAAUCAGAUCUUGCUUUUCAAUUGCCUCCAAAAAAACGAAGUCGGGCUUUUAAAGAAGAUCCGUUCGUUUUUCUCAAAAAAGAAGAUUCUAGAUGGAGAGAUAUCGCAAAUCAUUAUGGGGUUUCGGAGACUUUUCCUUACCAAAAUCUUCUGGGUAGAACAGUUGAAGCUGACAAGAAACGAUCAUUAUACUUUGUGAACAACUCAGUCAAAGACUUUCUGCUUUGUAAUCAAGAUAAAGUGAAAGUAAUUAAUGCCGGUAUUCGUAUGUUUGGACGAGUUGAAAAUAAAUAUAACUUAUGUCGAUUUAGACUACUGCAAGAUGGUAUCAAAACAAUAUUACCCCAUCUAGGAAAAAGAGUUGUUGAAAUCAGUGUAGAGGAUAUGAGGAAAAUUUUGAAAACAGAGACGGGAAAAGAAAAUUUCCCCAAGGAUGAAUUGGAAUCAAAUGAAAAAUUUCGUGACAUAUCAUCGGGAAGUAUUGUUCUAGUCACGGAAUUUAAAAGUUUGAAACAAAUUAUUUGCGCCUGGAUGGGAGCUAAAAGUAUUGCUGCAUAUGUCAGUAAGGAUGAAAGGAUUCAUGUGCUGCGGAUGCUUGGUUGCGACACCACUGAUCUCGAAAAAUUAGUAUGGACCAAGCGGCAGUCAAAAGCAAUAAAUGAUCGAGAAGGUGCACAUUGUCGAAAAAGUUAUGAGAAAUCGCUUGAAGUGCGACAAAACGAAGAAGAAAUCAGCAGUGAUCAUUUAGAAAUGGAAAAAGGUUCCUCUUCCAACGAUAUGUUCAAGAAGUUGACAUUUGGGAUAAAAAGAAACAAGUUAUGGCAACAAAGGAAAGAAAUUAAAACAGAUGAUGCUUUGUUGCGAGUUCGUUUGUUGCCUAAAGAGUAUGAAAAGAACUUUGAAAGCAAUGAGGAUUUCAAUGAACCACGCAGUAAUAUAUUGUCUGAGAAAGGUAAAGAGCCUGAGAUUAUCCGAGGACUGAACAGUGUUCCAAAAAAAAAGAAGAAGCGGAAAAGUUUGGUAUUGAAGCGGGAACUGGCCUCUCAUUUGCGGAAGCUAAAUCGAAUAUUUGUCUGGGGUGAUGACAUUCCUAAUCCUCUGGUACAUUUUGCCGAAAUUGAUGGAUUACCUCAAGAAUUACUUAGUAAUUUAAGAGAAUUUGGCAUCUUAGAACCAACUCCAAUUCAAAUGCAAGCUAUUCCAGUUAUGAUUCAAGAGAGAAAUUUAUUAUGCAGCGCUCCAACUGGUUCUGGAAAAACGUUAGCCUUCUCUUUACCGAUUAUUAUUGAUGUUAUACGUCGUAAAAAUAAUUUUUCUGCUGACGAGAACAAGACAUUAAAUGCUAUAGUGCUUGAACCGACAUAUGAGCUCGCUAAGCAGACGUACGUUCAGUUUUUAAAAUUUUCUCAGAAUCUCCCUGUUUUAUCCGCUCUUUUGGAGGACGAAAUACCUCAAAAUGCAAAUAUCAUAAUUUCAACACCUAAAAAAUUGAUAUACGCUAUCGAAAAAAACAAGAAUAUUUUCUCAUCAGAUGAACUAAGCUGGCUUGUUAUCGAUGAAAGUGAUCGACUUUUUGAUACUACAGAAGGAGAGCACAGAUGCUUUAGGAAUCAGCUUGCCAAAAUAUAUCAAGCAUGUUCCGGGAAUGCCGUAUGCCGUGCCUUUUUCAGUGCAACAUUUUCAUAUGAAGUGGAGAAUUGGUGCAAAAAAAACCUUCAUGAUGUAGCAAUGAUAUGCAUUGGAGCCAGAAAUUCUGCAAUUAAUACUGUGAAACAAGAGCUCAUUUUUGCUGGAUCUGAGCAUGGAAAAGUUGUAGCAUUAAGAGCAUUAUUUCAUGAUGGUUUUGAAGCUCCAGCACUAGUUUUCGUGCAGAGCAAAUUACGAGCUAGACAGCUGUUAUCCGUUAUAGAAUCUGUGCGACCGCCAACACCAGCAAAGAUAAUUUCAAGUGAGAAAACAGAAACGGAGCGUGAGUACGCGAUAACUGAAUUUCGUGAAGGCCGCAUUUGGGUUUUAGUUUGCACGGACUUGAUGGGUCGUGGCCUUGAUUUAAGUGGCAUCAAUUUAGUCAUUAACUUUGAUCUUCCGACUUCGAUAAUCAGCUAUAUUCAUCGCAUUGGUAUUCGUAAUUUUCAUGAUUUUCCUCGUCGAGCAGGACGAGCAGGCCGAAGAGGACAUGCAAUCACGUAUUUCACGGAAAAUGACUUGGAUUUUAUUCGUCCAAUUGCUUUUCUCAUCAAACAAGCUGGUUUUGAAGUUCCAGAAUAUACUUUACGAGUGCGAAAACCAACAAAGAAAGUGCUGAAGGAAAAGAAAAGACUUUUGAAACAUGCUCCAAAGCGGAAACGCGUUGGUUCAGAAAAACAAAUUGAUGAGGAAGCAGAAACGCGUCAGAAAAACAAAUUGUUGAGAAAAGAGAAGUAA